AUGGUUCUGGAGAGUCGACUCGCCGACCUGCUACAAGGGCAGGCGAAGAAGUUUAUUCAUGGCUUCAACGCGGAGCACCUGAACCUAGGCCUUUUGAGCGGCUACCUAGAGCUUCGGAACUUGGCGCUUAACCCCGAGCCCGUCGAUGACUUGUUGCUCGGAAGCGACCUGCCGUUUGUUCUCAAGGCCGGAACGCUUUCCUCAGCCAUGCUUCAGCUGUCCAUCAUGCAGGGCGAGCUGGAGAUUAUCAUCGAUGGGCUCGACUUAGUCUUGGCUCCGGCCUGCAGAUGGCUUAGCCGAGAAGAGGUGUACCAGCACCGCACCAACGAGAUGGAGCGCCUAGAGUUUGUGCAUAUGCGGAGCCAGACGCAGCGGCGAAGCUUGGAGCGCGAAAUGUUUCGCAAGUUGUUCGUGGAUUACCUGUCGCGAAUACGAGUCACUGUGAAAAAUGUGCAUGUGAGACUGGAGAUCGAAGGCGAGCUGCAUGACAACCCUGAAGGCCCCCCACUGGCCCUUGGGCUGUUGAUCGCUGCUUGUGAUGUGAAACCUGUCGUUACAGAAAGCCAAAGUGACGAGGAUGCUCGCAAGUCUGAGCUUCUCCUUGCCGAGAGCGUUCAUCUACGAGGUUUGCAGUUGUACCAGGAAUUUGCAGGCACAUCGAAGGUGCAUGUCCCAUGGGAUGUUUACCAUUCAACAAGAUCGAGUGAAUUUGGCAUCUUCCAGAAGUUGUCGCAAGUUGAGUUUGUCCGCGUCUUGAACAAAACCCGGGAUGCGCAUUUAGCAUUCCCAGCCAGUCAGCAGCUCAUGCCGUCCACGGACAUGUCCAUCAAGGUGGACUUGAAGUCCCAGGCUUUGUUCACAGACUGUCACGUGGAAAACUGCUUGACGUUGGAGGUUGCCCUUUGCUUGCAGAAUCUUUCUCGUCUUCGUUUCACAGCCAGCAUUGUCGAAGGCAUCCGUUGGCUUGUCCGAAGAACUUUGGACUUCCAGAUGUGGCCGUUCCUGCAUGCGCUGCACGGCAAGCCUGCUACUGGGCGUGGCCGAUGGCAUGUAAUUCGCAGCUUUGUUGCCCUGAAGCGGCGGAUCCAGUCGAAUGCCUACGGACUGCAAGAUGCAGUUCGAAUGCGAAUCAACUGCAAGGAGUAUAUUCGGUUGUACAAGAAGAAGUUCAACGGUCCUCAGAGUUCUUAUGGCUGGCGUCGAUCCUUGCCGGCCCUGACAGCAGAGGAUGCGACAACACUUGGACUGAUUGAGUUGUCCUAUCCUGCUGACAAGCUUGUAAACUUCCGGCUAAUGGCACAUACCGAGAUGAAGACCGAGCAAUCCAUCAACUCCUACACAGAAGAAGGCACCAUGCCUGCAAAAAGUCCCAGGUCGAACUUGUCCUGGCAGGUGCGGGAGCUGACGCCAAUGGAGCAGCUCCACUUGCACGGGCAGCAUGGGUUCGGAACGAACAUCUUCCGAGGUUUGCCACCGCCUCCUUCCAACUUGAAGGUCCGGAUCGACAUGGUCGCUCCCGAUGGCUUGUGGUGGGUUUGUAGUCUAAGCACAGCGGCUACAUCUAGACCACCAGAUAGUUGGGCUGUUGCGGUGGACUCACGGCAGCCCAUACGACUACUGCUGGUUGACAGCAUCACAGACAACAGCGUCUUCGCCACCAUGGAAGUGCCGCGUGCGAAGAAGAAUGACCGUCCUGUGGCCUUGCUGCUCGGACGGACCGAGGAGGCUUUCGCUUCCAGUUCUCCUGGCCGCCGUGCUGACGGUCCUGACACAGGACAAGGUGGCACGGGUCCCGCAGAGUGGUGCUCGGUGCUCGAGUUCGACGGUUCCCUCUGCUGCUGGGGGCAGGUAAAGACCGUGCCCAUGUGUGCUUCACACAGUCCCUGGGACAUUUUUGCCAGCUUCAACUGUGGAACCGUGAUUGACCACGAGCUCCGCCAGAAUGACACGAGCUUUGGGAGGGUCUCUCCAAUUGAAGAGGUCUUGAGCGCAGGCUUCUCAAAGGGAAGCAACGCAACUAAGUCUCCCGCAAUUCGCGAGGAGGCGGCGUUUGUGCGGCUGAACUUGCCUCUGCGACUGGCAAGUGGGCAGGAGGGGCCACUUGUAGAAUUCUUGCGCUGGUGCAUGGCACCUGCCCCAAAGAUGAGAUGGCCCCACGCAGGAUCCCAGCAGUCUGCUUUGGCCUACCUCGCUGUGCUGGUUCGAAGCGGCUAUGACCUCGCUGCACUUCGAGCGCACAUCUCCUUGCCACCACUCCUGCUGAAAGGAGUGAGCGGCGUCGGCGCUGAGCCGGAGGGCCCGGCGCCGCUUUGCCUUCCACGGCUGGAAGCGGCUUGCCAUGUGGAGCACGGAGGUUUGGUCGACGGUUUCGUGGUAGGAAUGCACAACCUGUACAACUUUGCGAACAUGGUGGCGACGAUGCCGGGAAUGAAACGACCGCAGGCGGCCAACUCCCUCCCGGCCCCAAUGGGCCGGCGGCACGUGUCUGGCAACGCCCAACCGCUGUCGCUCGAGCCGCUUGAGCAGGCUCCCCCAGUGAUGCUUGCUCUGGGAGCCUUGCUGACAGCCACCGCAUUGGUGCUUUCUGGUGGUCGGAAGAGGAAUGAGACGGAAUCAUCGACGACAUCUGCGGCACCUGCGAUGCAACGCUCCGAGCUGUUGUCCCUGACCCAGGAGCACGGCCUUGCAGGGCUCGUUCACCAAGUUGGCCCAGGUGAUCCACUUGCAGGCAUCACACUGAUAUCCACACUGCUUGCCGUCAUUCUGGGGCGGCGCGUGCUCUGGGACCAGCAAAGCUCGAGGUCCAAGGACUGCCCGACCGACGUCUCGGAGGUCUUUCGAUUCUUCGCGGCUACGUUGCAAGUGCUGCUGACAAUGGGCUUUCCAGUGCAUCGCUGUUGCUUGCCUUUGGCGGCCUGGGUUGGCUCCGUCGAGUUGCUGGAAGUCUUGACCGAAGGAUCUAGAGAAGCGACAAAAGGGAUGGCGGUGGACGAUCUCAUGCUGUGGGCAGCGCGUGGCAUCUAUGCCAACCCCUUGCUCAGCCAAUCCCAGGUCCUUUCCUGGCUGACCGAUCGACAUGCAGAUCCCAACUACCGAGACUCUUCAGGCAAAUCGGUCUUGGAUUGGGCUUGCUGGGCUGGCUGUGAGGGUCUGGUGACUCAGCUUCUUCGGCGCGGCCGCGUGCGCCCCACCGCGCUGACGGGGGAAUCUGGGCUCACACAGUUUGUGCAGCCCUUGCUGCUGGCAGCCGCGAGUCGCUCCACCAAGCUCGUGAGGCUGUUGCUCCGCGCUGCAGGUGAUCCACAUGCCACCCCCACAGGUGAUGGUAGUGGCCAUGCUUGUGGCCCUCUGCUGCUGGCAGUAAGAUGCUGCGAAUAUGAGCUCGCUUGCGAGGUCCUGAAGAGCGCUGCCUGCAUCAACGUGGAGAUGGCCCUGGGAACUGCAGGUCCUGGCAAGCGCGAUCGCGCUGGAAAUGUGCCAUGCCAGCCAGAGGAUGAGAAGCCGGCAGGCCACGCGACUCGCGCCACCUUCGUGCUCGUGGAGUCGCUGCGACGCUUCGCCAGCGGCUUGCAGCGACGGAAUGCCGAGGAGGUUGCUCUGGCUGGCCUCCGAGCACACGUGCCGGGACCACAUCCUGACGAAUGCCUUUACUCCACCUGCAGCAUGCCAGUGGGUGAUGUCCUUCACCCUCUUGCGGCACAGCUACCGACACCCAUGCACCGGGUGCCCUUGGAACUCCGGCCGGGGAUGCUGCCCUUGCCCUGGCUCAGGAGGGCGAGUGGAGAUGAUCCAUGGGCUCCGGCACGGCUGCUGGUGGAGUGCUUGUUGCAGCGCGGCUUCCGCCCAGACGAAGCUUUUCUGUCCAAAGUGACACCGGCUUUGCCACCCGACGUGCAGAUGUUGACGAGGCGAUUAUCUUCCGAAGAAGACAGCCUUCAGCCGCUUCCUACGCUUUUGGCGGACAUCCUGCCAGAAAGCAGGAGGCUGGACCGCGCGGAGAAGAACAACGGACACCCUGCGACGUACUUUGCUUCUGCCCGCUGGCAAGAUGCGAUCGCAGGCCGCAACGGAAAGAAGCAAGACGUUGCUGCCUUGGAAGUCAAGGAGCACAGCUUCCGGCCAUGGUCCUUCUUCGAACACGAGGCCCACGAACAGGUGGCCAUGGCAAAUGCCACAGACUACAUGAAGGCGGGUGCUUGGAGCCCGACCGCCAUCCGUGCGGGCUUGCAACGGCAGCCCGAAGAGGUGUCGCAAUUGCCGGCGAUUCGUGUAGUGGUCUUGGGCGCUCCGCGGGUGGGGAAGAGCAGCGUGUCACGGGUGUUGGCGGAUUACUUGGGCGUCAUCUACGAGGAGGAUGCCGGCGCGUGGCUGCGGGUGGUCCGUGGCCAUUGGCCCAACUCUGGUGCCAAGCCUGUCGUGCAGGUCUACAUUUGGGACACCAUGUCCACUCUGGGCCCAAAUCUGCCACACCUGGUCACGGAUCCAGAUGCUUCUACGUUCGUGGUGGCCGUUGUGGACCAUCUGGACAGCGAGGCGGCAGCGAUGGCCCGCAAGUGCAUCUCCGCAGAUGCACAGUUCUCCGCACCGAGGCGUGCGCUGAUCGUGGAGAACACCACCGAAGGAACUGGGCCGGUGGGGCCCACGGGAAACGAAAGCAAUCUGCAGACGAUGCGCUGCAAUGUCAUUGAGGAGGAGGGCCAGAACAGCUUGAAGAGAGCGUUUGGGAAGAUGGUCGCAGACAUGGUUGGGCAAAUUGAGGCUCGCGCCGAGGCUUCCGAAGCUGGGGAAGUCGGAAACCUGGCACCGUGUGGUCAGGGAGACCUUCGAAGCGUCCUGGCGAGGGACACCGCCCUAGUCUGCGGUGGGUCAGGCAAAAGCCUGGGCCGGCGGGCCUUGGCGUACAGGCUGCAGGGUGAUUCAACCUAUGUUGACCCAACAGCCGCCUCCAUUGCAUGGGCCGCGGUCUGUGCCGCGCGGAGCACGCUUCCGCAGGAGGUGAACUGGUUGACGGGGUCUGCUCCGAGCUCAAGCAGCACAGCGCCCUGGCAGGCAGCUUUGGUUUCUUGGGAACGAUUGGAGACGAUCCUGACUUUAGGACACGGCAGCCGCCAGUCGUCUGCUACGCUCGGCAGAGCCUUGAUUGACCUCGGCCUCAUUUGUCCGGUGCCGGGGCUGGACAAGACUUGGCGAGAUUGCGACAAAAUGGUUCUGAAUUCGGUCCUGGUUCCUGACUUUGCUCCCCGGCUAAAGCCCGGUCGAUCUGUGGCAGAGCUCCUGCGACCAGCUCAUGAGAGAGGCAAAGCACAGCAAGCCUACGUGCGGGUUCUGUGGACGGAUGUGAAGCAUGGCGUUCCAAAGCAGUCGCCACCUUCACUUCGAACUGCGCUGCGGGACCUCCUGGCAAACGGUGCUUUGGGCUACGAUGCCAAGAGUGCUUCUCAUGUGAAGAGUUUGGUGCUGCACUACUUCGCUUUGCUGGACUGCGAGAGCGACGCCGGUGCGCGUGCUGAUGCGUCGGAUUUGGAGCCUGGCUUCAUCCUGGCCUUUGACUUUGAGACCAAUGAGGGAAAGAAGCCUCCGCAGGACUCGCAGAACACCCCAGAUACAGAGCCGGACUCCUGUGGGCUCUUGGACCUUAUUGCAGCGCAUCCCGGACAGGGUCUCACCUUUGUGCUGGUGCGCACCUCCAGCGACCCGACGCAGCGAUUCUGGGAUAUCCUGUGUAGUGGUCCGCACGCCUACUGGGCCUGGCACGCCCUCUUGCAAGCAGGUCACGGCCACAAGCCCACCUUCACAGGUUUCACGAAGCUAGGGGGCCAGGCAACGGGGGAAGUUCCGGUGCCUAGCUGCCUUCUCUCUGCUUCUGCCUCGUCUGUUCGUUCGGAUCUUGACCUUAGCGAUGUGAGCCCGGACGAUUUGGCGGCAGUGGCCUGGUUGCUGUGUGGUCCGCAGGCCAAAGAGGCAAGGGAUCGGCUUACCACGGCCAUGGAAGCCCAAUCAAGUUGGUCAAGCUGCUGCUCGGCUUUGUGCCGCGGGGGAGGACGGGUGCCGUCCUUCAACUUUACCGGCACUUUGGCAUGCUGCGCUGAAUUUGAGGCCUGCCUUCUUGCUAGAAAUUGGCAUGAGAUGCCGUACCUCUUAAACGAGGCCCUAGCCUCGGGAGUGGAAGCCUGGGCCCUGUGCGUUACGGCUCUUGCACGACUUGCACGAGACACUGCUGCAGCGGCACUGCCCCUGCUGAAUUCCAGUGAAGCAGUUGGGUCCCACGUCACUCUCCUCCCGGAGGGUCCACAGCUGCUCCGCAACGAGGAUCUUUCCUCACCGCUCCUCACAGGCACGGACGUCACCUCGGCCGUCCAGGUUUGGCUUGCUGUCUGCAGGCCGUGUGCUCUGUGGAUAAUGGCAGGAGCUGCCAAAAAGUAUUGCCCACCUGUGCAUCCAAGCGUUCUCGGCCAUGUACCUGGUGACAUAUGCUCGCAGGUUGUCAAGGCCUUGAGAGUGGCUGUGGGCACCUUCGUGUCAGAUGUAGUGGUGUCAGAUGUCUGGGAUGCCCUCAAGCAGAAGAGCUCUUCUGGACGCUUACUGCUUCCGAGACCAGGGGGCGGCUGGCUCUGGAUUGAACCGGAGAAGACGAAUUGGUUCUCAGUUGAAGCUGAGUUGUAG